AUGCCAAUGAAGCGCCGUGUUCUCAAUCCGCAGCUGAUGACAUGCGCGAAAGAUGACCGGCUGCUCCGGAAAUCAUUUGGCACUUCUGCGAUUACGAGGCACGGAGGUAUAGAGAGACCGGAACCUGGCACAGGCAUCAAGGUCACUUUUAGGGAUUCAAAAGGCACAGACAUCCGUACGGUCGAAGUCAAUGAAGGGGACGACCUCUUGGCGGUGGCUCACGAGUACGACAUCGAUCUCGAAGGAGCGUGCGAAGGAUCAAUAGCUUGCUCUACCUGUCACGUUAUUAUGGAACCAGACAUGUACGACAAGUUGGAAGAGCCCGGAGACGAUGAGAACGACAUGUUGGACUUGGCAUUUGGGUUGACAGAUACAUCAAGGCUUGGAUGUCAAGUCAAGGUGACGAAGGAGCUGGAUGGCAUGGUCGCUCAAUUGCCUUCGGCGACACGAAAUAUGAGGGUGGAUGGCUCAAAACCUACCCAUCACUAGAUGAGGGGACCCUUGCUGUUGGUGUUCUGUAAACAUGAUCAAACGCACAGCAUAACAGGUACUACUCGGAAUGCGCAUCACCUCUUUGCUUUGCAGGUGUCUCGUAUCAAGGACUGAAAAGGCUUAAGCGGUAGCACGGAGAGCUGUCUUGGCGGUUUCACGGAAAGCCAAUAGCAAGAGCUGCACUGCUCUCAUCGUAAAGGGGCACAUACGGGGCGGUCUCAGUUGCGGUGGGAAAGAUGGACGUGAAGUUUGUUGUUCAUCAAAGCUCGUUCCGGAUUGUAACAAUGGGCUACAGCAGCCGAGUCGAGGGAAUGUCGUCGCUCAUUCAGAUUCAAGGCAGUAGUGUGGCUUGCAGCCGCUUCACAGCUCGAAUCCCAUGAAAGGGCCCUUAUUCAAGC